AUGUGGAGUACUGAAAGGCGGACAAUAUUAUGCCGUACUCCGUACGGAAACCUAUCCCCUGGCGUAUUCUCAACAUCAUCGCAACGCCUCAUCUACAUCUCCCAGGCAACCCCCAAGACCCAAGACCCAAGACCCAAGACCCAACCUCCAAUGGCUCGCGGUCGUCUCUUCUCCGCCCAUGGCAAGUCCCAGACCUCAAACCCUUCCACCCCGUCCCGGAAGAAACGCAUCAACGGCGUCUAUGACAGGGGACAGUGGCUUUGCAACUGCGACCCCCGCAGGAUACUCAGUCCCUACACCGUCAAGAAGCGGGGUCCGAACAAGGGAAGAUCGUUUUAUCGCUGUCGCGACUGCGACUUUUUCUUGUGGGAGGAAGAUGCACGAGUACGACAGCUCUCCGAGAACCAGAACCAGUCCGAGGUAGCGACCCCUGACACGACCACGGCCACAUCUACUGCCCAAAGCACGUCGCCUCGUAAGAAGACCAAGACCAUGCGCGACUUUUUCCCCAAGUCUCCCAAGACGACUAGCACCCAACUACCGGCCCCUGCCAGUGAUGCGCAGCAGGCGGGCUCAAGUGCGCAGGACGCGCAUCAAGCGGGAAAGGCCCCCGCACCACCAACAACGAGAGCCAGCCAGAAGAGGAAGAGGGUCCAGUUCGAGGAGGACUACAUCGGAGACGGCUCGUCCGACGAAGAGCGGCAAAUGAUCGAAGCCGUUGAACGCAGCGCCCAAAAGCUGCAAAAGACCGGUCCCAGCAUGGGUGCCCAUAUCUCAACCCCCGCAGCGCCGACUACAUCAUCAUCGUCGUCAUCGGCAACUAUCAGCGCUUCCCAUGUAAAACCGAGAGAAGAUGCGCCACCCAAACAGCCGAACCCCCCCACGGCGCGGACGCUCUUUACCACCCCUAAAGCCAAACGGAAAAGCACUGACGGGGGGGAGGCGGCCCCUCCCACAGCCACCGCGACCCCCUCCUCGACAACCGGCCUCCCGUCUCCCAUGCUCACGCCCACCGCAACCCGCAGGAAGCAAGUCGCGACGCCCGCAGGUCCCGGGCACGAACAGCAGCAACAACAACAACAACAACAACAACAACAACAACAACAACAACACCACAGGGCCCACGACACGGCCGACGUCGAGCUCAGGGACGAGAUCACGACUCUGCUCAGCGGCCAGCCCAUCCCACCGGCCGUGGCCCGCUCCGUCCGCGAGGCGCUGGACCGCCAGGUCGCGCGCGCCCACGGCCUGGCCAGGAGCCGGGACGUUGUGCGGGAGCUCCUGAGGGAGAAGGACGAGAAGAUCGCGCAGUUGCAGGACCGGGUCGUGGCGCUGGAGAUCAAGAUUCGAGCGGAGCGGGAAAGCCGGACGAAUAUGCGCGCUGGUAUUAUGAAGCUGUAUCAGGAGUACUGA